AUGAAGCUAGCAAGAUUGGCAGUAGGGUGUGGAUUUUUUGUAAUUAUAAUUUUUUCAGAAGUUGUUGCGACGGAAACUAUUACUUAUGAAUUUGGAGAUACUUGCUUGGUUUUCUUAAAAGAAUUGGAUGAAAGUGUUCAAUAUUCUGUUGAAUACCAUGGGAAGCCUGUUAGUAUCCUUUGCGAUGACUACUCAUUCCAUGGAAAAGGAGAUGUAAUCGCUGACGAGUACAAAGUCUGUGUUACACCUCAAUAUUUCAACGAUUCAGAUUGUGCCAUAGAGUUAGUGUAUACAUCUACACUUUUUGGCACACCUUUACAGAGUGUAACUUGUUCAAAAAACUUCAACACUAGAUUUUGUGGUAAAGAGGAGGACUAUCUUUAUAUCAAUUUCAAGAGACGUGAUGGUAAAUCAACAUCAAGUGCUAGCUUCAAGCUGCUUGUCACCGCUGAAAAAGUUUUGGACUUUGGAAUUCUCGUUGGAACAAUCGUAGGAGGCGUGCUCGGCGGCAUAGUUCUAAUUAUAAUACUAACAGGUAUAGUUUGUGUCUGUUUAUGCGGACGGAAACCUACUCGAGGUCAAGUACUAGAAACAACUCAGAAUACCUCAGGUCAAGCAAUAAACCAACCAGGUAUUCCAUAUGCCACAUAUUCGACACAACAGUCGAGCAACACAACCACGUUGUAUCCAACAGGAAAUUACUCAACACAAUAUUCUUCAGGAAACAGUACACAACAGCCGUUUCAAUACUCACAGACAACUGGUUCACAACCGUAAAACGUUGGUAGUUUCUCGGCUUUGUAGUCCCCACCAAAGGUCUGAAAGGAUAGUUGAUUUUUUGCUCACCUGAGGCGAGGGAUCAAAAAUGCUUUUUAAUCAAAAUUUGUCCGUUGUCUGCUGUUGCCGACAUCGUCCUUGUUGUCAUAAACCUUUUGUAAUUUCAUAUUCUUCCCCUAACCACUUAGUUAUUUUCAACCAGACUUUGGUGAAGGGGAUUAAAGUUUGUUUAAAUAAAGGGUCAAAACCUCUUCUAAAGGGGCGAUAAUUAAGUAAAAGUAAAAAUUGGGAUAGGUCUUUAAAAAUAUUCUUCUCAAGAACCACUGUGCCAGAAAAGAUGAAACUUACAAUGAAGGUUCUUACAACUGUAACAUAGAGUACAUUAUUUUUGUUUUUCAAAUAAUGACCCCCGGAGAUGGGGAAAUCAAAGUUUUAAAUAGGAAAACAUAAGAAAAAUCAAUUUUCAAGAACAGAGAAGCCAUGAGCAGUCAUAUUGAUAUGGAAGUAUCCUCAUAGUAUAAAUUCAAGUUUCUUUCAAUCAUGAUCCCCGGGGAAAAGGUGUAGCCAAUUGGGUAAUUAAAGUUUUACAUAGGAAAACAGGAAAAAUCAUGAAAAAUCUUCUUAAUAACAGCAAAGCCAUGAUUAUUCAUAUUUAGUUGGAAACAUCCUCAGGUAAUGUAGGUUCAAGCUUAUACAAAUCAUGAUUCUCGGGGGUAGGGUAACGGUACAAGGGCAAUUAAAGUUCUACAAAGGAAUGUAACGGGAAAAGAACAAGAAGGUUCAUAGUUACACAGGUGAGCGUUGUGGCCCACGGACCUUUUAUAUUUCUGUUGUUGAAACAAUUUUUUUUAUCAGUUUAUCACUAACACUUGUGAAACUUUGACUUUUUCUCUUUUUUUCUGUUUUCAGUUUUUUUAUUAAUAAUGUAUAAGCAGAUCCUUCAUUUCUACUACUUUGUAACCGUAUGGUAUGUGAUAUAUGUAUAUGUAAUCAAGAUAGAGCUUUUUGUUAUCUUUGUGAUUGUGAUAGUUUACAUGAGGAAUUAAGAAACAUUGUCAAUUUUACCUGGCUUGAAUAAAUAAGUUGUCAAUCUU